CCUCCCUCCUGCUGUCGUUUCGUCUCUUUUCUGUUUGUCUCCGGCUUUGUAGUUCACUUUCUUUAGAUUAUUCCUUUUAUUCUUUUCCUCACAAGGCAUUUUCCCCCUGCAUUUUUGAUUGACAUCUUUUAGUCCACUCAGCAUUUCAUGGACAACACUAAAGGUUUUUCUCCUGCUGCUUCACCUUUUACAACCUUCCUUCAUCCUCUUCUCCUCUGCUGGGCUGCUCCACUUCUCUGAGUGACUCUGGUUAUGGGAAAGACAGAGCUGUACUCUCUCUAUAAAGCCUUUCUGGACUGUAUUUGCCUCUGCCUCCCACGGAGCAGCAAUGAGGCUGCAGGUGAUAGUGAGAGAGACACUGAGAGCGGACACCUGAUCUACAGAAAUGGGGACGUCCUCGAGGACAGAUAUGAAAUAGUGGACACUCUUGGGGAAGGAACUUUUGGGAAGGUGGUGCAAUGUGUGGACCACAGCAGAGGAGGAAGUCAUGUAGCUCUGAAGAUCAUUAAAAACUUGGAGAAAUACAAAGAAGCAGCCAAACUUGAAAUCAACGUGUUGGAGAAGAUCACUGAGAAAGAUCCAGACAAUAAACAUCACUGUGUGCAGAUGCUUGACUGGUUUAACUUCUACGGCCAUGUGUGCAUCUCUUUUGAGCUGCUCUCUCUCAGCACCUUUGACUUCCAGAAAGCAAACAACUUCCUGCCUUAUCCCAUUAACCAGAUCCGACACAUGGCCCACCAGAUCUGCCACGCUGUCAGCUUUCUCCAUGACAACAAGCUGACUCACACCGACCUGAAGCCUGAAAACAUCCUCUUUGUCAACUCAGACUUCUCCAUCAUUUACAAUGCUGAGAAGAAGUGUAAUGAGAGGAGAGUAAAAGACACCUCGGUGCGGCUUGUUGACUUUGGCAGCGCCACCUUUGACCACGAGCACCACUCCACCAUCAUCUCAACACGACACUACAGAGCUCCGGAGGUCAUACUUGAGUUGGGUUGGAGUCAUCCUUGUGACGUGUGGAGCAUCGGCUGUAUCCUGUUUGAAUAUUACCAAGGCUUCACACUGUACCAGACUCAUGACAAUAAGGAGCAUCUUGCUAUGAUGGAGAGUAUGCUGGGACCAAUUCCUCAGAGAAUGAUACAAAAGAGCAGGAAGCAGAAGUAUUUCCACCGGGGGCGUCUUGACUGGAAUGAGAGCUCUAAAGCUGGGCGUUAUGUGAAAGAAAAGUGCAAACCAUUAAGGAAGUACUUGUUAUCGCACGGGAAUGAGCACCACCAGUUUUUUCAUCUCUUGGAGAGGAUGCUGGAGUACGAGCCUUCAAAACGCAUCUCUCUGCCCUCAGCACUGUGCCACCCUUUCUUCAUCUAUCAAGGGAGGACUCAGGUCUGGAGGAACAGCUGUGACAUGAGCAGUUGACCCCAUGUGGAGUACCAAUAAUCACUGAUUAAAUCCAUGGCUGUGUCCUAAAUCACACCCUGUUCACUAUGAAAUGCAUACCCCAUUCAUUGUGCUGUCAGAAUUCAGAGUAGGCAUUGCUAAACCAUAAAGUGCACUCAUUAACCCAGUUCACAGUGCUGUUUAAAGCUGUGAUAUUUACAGCCUGUGAAGUUUCACCUUCACUUUGAACACUGAAGAGGUGCAACAGGGGAAGCCGUGUUCCCUCCUCUGUGGCGUAAGAAAAGCAAAAACUGGAUCAGCAAAGCUAGAGAAGGAGUCCGCUGCCCUGACUUCAUGCAUGCAUUAACUGGCUGUGUGAGGAUGUAUCUGAUGUGCUCUCUUGCCUUUCUGGGAUGCGGAUAAGCAAUGUGAAUGGUCAGACAGACAUGCAACAUUACACCAGUGUGGUAUCAGUAUUAAUGUGUCAUGGUUUAAAGACGGCAGAGCUUUGUUACAGCACUGUGAAAACAUCUUCCCACAAUGCACUGUAAAAAGUAGUUUAUAACUGAUGGACACUAUCCCAGCAAAAUUCAGCAUCUUGCAUCACGUUUCAAAGCUUUAGCACAAGGAAAAAGAGACGUUUGACUGCUGGUUGACAAGAAGAGCAAAACUAGUAUGUACAGUGCAUAAAUUAUUAGAUUAUCCACCCGCUUGAAUUUUUUACCCUUUAAUAAAUCAAUCAUGGUCAAUAUAACAAUAUAACAACUGUUGCCAAGGUUCCUCACCAGUCAAAGCUUUAUGGGAGAGUGGUCUAUCGAACUCAGACUCACUAAAUCCUGACUAGUGUUGGGCUUGUGGGAGAAUGUGUCAGUUCUCUGGUCUGAUGAGACCAAAAUGGUGCUUUUUGACCAUCAGACAAGAUGCUUUGUUUGGCAAAUGGCAAACACACCAUCCCCACUGUGAAACACUGUGAUGGAAGCAUCAUGCUGUGGGGAUGUUUCUCUGGAGCUGUCCCUGGAAGGCCUGUGAAGGUAGAGAGUAAAAAGAAUGUGGCAAAAUCUGGGAAAACCUUAAAGGCCAAUAUUAUUCAGUCUGCAAAGAAAUUUCAGCUUGGAAGAAUAUUUAUUUUCCAUCAAGACAAUGACCCAAAGUAUAGAGCGAAAGCUACACAGAGAUCGUCUAAAGACAAAAAGGUGAAUGUUCUGGAGAGGCCAAGUCAAAGCCCAAACCUCAGUCAAAAAGAGAAUUUGUGACCUGACUUGUAAAGGUCUUUCCACCCACAAUCCCUGUGUAACCUGACAGAGCUUGAGCAGUUUUGCAAAGAAGAAUGGAGUAAAAUUGCAGAGUCCAGAUGUGCAAGUCUGAUUCAGACAGAUCCACACAGACUCAGUGCUGUGAUGGCAGGCAAA